GUCCGCUCGUUCAACGAAAACGUGUGAGGUCUGUCAUGCGCUCACUGACCCCGACUCUCUGAGUUUGUCUGUCUGUCUGUCUCGGUGUGAUCCUUCUUGAUCGAUCCCCCUUUCGCACACAGUCGUGAAAAGAAAUAGCAGCCAGUCCAGCUCUGUCCACUCAGUCACUCAGCCGUCAGCUAGUGGGCUCCGUACAUGAGGCUCAUCUACUCUUCCUCCCACUGGAUCCUUUUCUCUGCCUUGAGGGCAGCCUCUGCAUAGCAGAUAGAAGACACACAUCCGUGCAUGUGUGUAGGUAGCGAUCAAGUAGUUUAAAAUGCAAACGGCGGGCGGGGGGGUCGGCAGGUAUUCUCAUCCGUCUGUCUGUCUGUCUGUCUGUCUGAGAGUCUGACUCACUUCUGUCGGCGUUCCACUCCUUGUGUCCAGGCCAGAUUUUGAUGGUCAAAACCUCUCCGUGGCCAAACCCCUCCGUUGACAUGAGGUCAGCGCCCUGGAACGAACUCUACGGUGAGACGAACUCCUGUGUCACACGAGACAAGGCAAGGACACACACAGGAUGGGACAUGUUGUUGUUGCAAGCACAUCUGAGUCGCUGUGGCUUGCUCCUUCUCACCACUUUCUCGGCCAUGCACCAGGUCUCCGGACCGUUCAAGCCGACAGACAUCACACCAGCUGAGUUGCAGUGUUUUUCAAUGCCUCGCAUGUGCCCUCUCCUUUGUCAUCUGAUCCCCUGGCCAUCCGUAUCUGUCGUCCGGAGAGACAGACAAAGGGCAGAUAUGAAACGCUCCCGCAUCUAGCGAUUCCUAGCUCACCUUGUUGACGACACAGGUCUGUUUGAGUGGGCACUCCAUCCGAUAGGACAUGUAGUGUCCGUACGUCUGUGCCUGUGUGCAGACGACACAGAAGCGUCGUAAGGCCAUCUUGUGCGACGUCUCACCGUUUUUUUGGUUCCCGUCAAUUCGGUGUAGUAGGCUGUCAUGCGGACUUUGCACGGUUGGGGCUGGAUGUUCUUGCAAGUGGCCAAGGCGACGCAGGAGGCGACCACCAGGGCCUUAAGCAGAAGGGCCGGCAUGACGGAUGCCAUCUGCAAUGACAUGUCAAACGGAACAGAGUCAUCCCAUCCUAAUGGCACACUGUGACGGCGUGGCAGUCAGCCCCCGGCCGCCUCGUCUUUCUCACCGUCUCGAAAGCCGCAGGCAACUCAAAUGGUGAAGGGAAGUCACACCCAAGAGGCUUCGGCACCGGAGACCUUAAGGCGGCAGGCUCUGCGGCGCUUCCUGGCUUGGUGCGACGCGUUGUGUCACAAGGCCUCGUGGCAAAGCCCCCAGUGGCAGGCAGCCGGCUGCAAUAUUGCUCAGACAGCGGAGAGGGGAAAGGGACAAAGCAGCCAGCGUCAAAGGUAAUAUUGUCAAAGGGGGGUCCCAAGGAGACGCCCCCAGACAAAUUAAGUUUACGAACCCGAAAAACGAAAAGGGAUUGCCGCGUUUUUGCUUUGUGUUACUGAUGGCUGGCAGCAGCCCUGCUCCGUCUGACCCCAU